AUGAAGACCAAUCCCUUACUUUUUAUAUGCCUUUGUAUUGUACGGACUGGUCAUGGGAAUGAUGUCAAUCACGAUACGUGCACAAAAGACAAUAAUGACAACUGUUAUGAAUCCAUAGCUAGAACAGAAAACUGCAAUUAUGACGUCCUUCCACUAUCUAAAACAUUUGGUGCCAGAAUUCAAGGAAUUGACCUUAAAACAAUUUCUAACGAAUGUGCAAGGAAUCUUCGAGAGGAAGCAUAUAUGUACAGAUUUUUAUUGUUCAAAAAUCAGACUCUGCCUUGGCAAAAACAAAUUCACAUUACCUCUUUGUUUGGCGCGCCGUUUCAAGAAACGUCUUCUAUUAAUAGAAAGAAAUAUGAUAAAAAUCUAGAUCCACGUAUAGGAAUAUUUUCUAAUGACUACAAAGCUGGACUUGUUGGCAUUGGAAUAGAAGGUUGGCAUGUAGACGGAAACAUAUUUGAGAUGCCACAUUUGUUCACUCUGAUUUACUGUGUUCAUGCCAAUUCAAACGGUCCAACUCUCAUUGUUCCGCUUAAAGAAAUUGUCGACAUGCUUUCAACUGCAGAGAGAGAAUAUCUUGAGAACAUUUUGUUCGUUAGUGCAUUUAAUUCCUCUGUUCACAUACCUCUUCUUUAUAAACAUCCCUUUAGAAAUGAUGACACACUGAUGAUAGCAUUGGGAACGUUAUCCGGUCAAUAUUUACAGCUUAAUACUGAUAACAAUGACAACCCGUAUAAACAGUUGUCAGUAGAGGAAACAAAAUACAUUCAAGAUCUUUUUCAUGCUAAAAUUUUAGCUUCUAAUUUGAUUUAUUCUGUAAACUAUGACCCAGGUGAUUUUCUAAUGAUACACAAUCCUUCAGUUGCACAUAUAGCCGGACCAGGUACUCAGACUCCAUCGGAAAUAUCCGGACUUCGUCUUAUACAUAGAUCAACAGUAACAGGAGAGAUAAAACCAAGCAAAUCAACCAAUAUCCAGUACGAAUGUAAUUCCUUUCCACCGUUUGAAGACGAAUAUUGUUUAUUUUCCCUGAAGGGGUCCGUAUAUUAUCCUCGGAUAGGUUACUAUGAUGAUCAAACUACUGCCCGAAAUAGGUGCAAGAAUAUAAACAAGUAUUCAGACCUGGCCAACAUAUAUUCAAAAGACUGGAAUGACAUUGCAACAAAAAUAGUAUCCAAAACAAAAGUACCUCAUUGGCUAAAUGCAACUAAUCCACAAGGCACAGACGUAUAUUGGGAUGGGAACAAAGGAUUAUUUAGUAACUGGGAUCCCUCUAGUGGACAACCAAAUGACCAUGAUGGAAUUGAGGACUGUGUUGUAAUAGGGCCCUCGGGUUAUUGGUUCGAUCUUCCAUGUUGUGGACCAAAAACUGCACCGGGGACUGAUCGAGCACCAGUUAUGCUUUGGGACGGAGAGAGAACUAUGCGUAAUGUGUAUCCGUUGUGUGGUAUACACAAAAAGUAUUUAUAGAAUUCAAAUCUUAUUUGAUACAUGGAUAAACUACUACAGUUAAGUUAUAAUAUUUUGAAUACAACUACGACAUACUACGCUUAAA